UGAACAAUGCGUUCGUGUUUUCGAUGCUAUACGCUAGCAUUGUUGUGCUAACGACUGCUGCUUGUAUCCGAAAUGACUUAGCAAAUGCGUUGUUGUGGUUUUACGAAAUGUGUCGUCUCCUACUGUGCCGGACUAAAAUAGCUCUAAAGUAAAUGUAACGUGUUUUUAUAAUGUCGCAGCGUUUCCUACAGUGUCGAUGUUAGUUGUGCUGCCUGCUGGUUUUAUGAAUAUUCCGGCUAUUAUGAGUUGCAGUUUUGCAAUUAGUCAGCUCAUGCAAAGGUCUUAAAAGGCCUCAUAGGAACGAGACUUUUUACUGUGCGCAAUAACUGUAUAUGUCACAAACGUCGUUUUGAUGUUUUUAUGUUUUAAAAAAUUCUGUGUUUGGAAUAUAAAUUAUGUCGUGUGAAAUUGCAAUACGGCUAUCAAUAUAACAUCACUUAUUAGGUCAGUUUGCUUUGCAUAUGGUUAAAUUGUUGCUUGUAAAUAUGUCUCCAGACUUCGUGUAUGCACAUGUACAAAAAUGCUGCAAGGCCUCUUGUUUUUGAGAUGCUGUCUGCUUACAGCAAAGAUGAGUGCAGCCUCCACACCUGUCUCCCGGGUACGCCAAGGAUGGGCGUCUCCCUCUGUGAAAAACAAGGGUCUAUCACCAGCCGCCUGUAGCACGCCGCUGCUCACGGCUUUCCCUGGCAAUGAUGACGAGAAGGAGCGACGACAACGCAGACGGUCUAGAGUCAUUGACCUUCAAGCUGCGACUGAAUCGUCUUUCAGUGACUCUGCAACUCACAGUGCUGCAGGGACACCGGCUGCUGUGCCCAAGUUGUCCAAUGCUCAAAUCUCAGAACAUUACUCCACCUGCAUCAAACUCUCCACCGAGAAUAAAAUUACAACAAAAAAUGCCUUUGGUCUGCAUCUUAUUGAUUACAUGGCCGAUAUUCUCAAACAGAAAGAUUCAGAGCUCACAAACUUCAAGGUAGCAGCUGGGACACUGGAUGCCAGUACUAAGAUCUAUGCUGUACGGGUGGAUGCGGUUCAUGCAGAUGCCUACAGAGUACUUGGUGGCCUUGGAGCUGAAACCAAACCAGGAGAAGAAAAUGCCAUUCAGGUGGAAGAGCAAAAUGAAGAUUCGGAGGUGAUGGCCAAGCAGCCAAAGAAGAAGAGGCCUCCAAAGAAGACUGUGGAACAGAAUUUGAGCAACAUUAACAGCGCUGAGUCUGAGAGGAAAUGUGAGGUGGACCCCAUGUUCCAUCGAAUGGCGUCAUCCUUUGAUGAGAGCAGCACAGCCGGUGUGUUCUUGCCUGUUCUCUUCAGUGAGAAUAGUCGCUGUGAGCUGCUCUUUCCAUCCUACAUGACCCUUCUGCAGUCCACUUCUUCACAUUCUCCUCCACCCCCAAUGGCUGUCCCUGUAUCUCCAUUCAUGGCUGGACUGCAGCGUUCUCAGGAGAAGAGCUCCAUUUGUCCCUCUCUGCAGGACUUUUCCUUCACAAGCUGGAACCCAGAGCAGACAAUGAAUCAACUCUUGGAGAAGAUGAAGCAGGGUGAACACGUGUUUGACGUCAAUGCUGAACCUGAACCCGAAGUUGAAGAGGAUUACCCCGAAUUUGAUGGCGACUAUGAGGAUGAUGACUGUGAGGAGGGGAUGAAGGAACACAAAGAGGGUUGUGAGGCCUCAGGCUCUGGAAAAGGACGUGAUGUGGUUCCAAUUGGAGAGGCCGAUAUCACCACAAUGUGCCUGCAGCUGUCCUCUCAGCCUAGAGAGUAUUCGUACUUCAGCCCCAGGACAAUGGCCACGUGGGCAGGACCGGGCUACUGGCAGUUCAAGCCAAAGCACAAGUUGGACCAUUUGCCCGACAAGGAGAUGCGUAAAAAGAAGCCCAAGAAGGCUUUUGAAAUGGAUUUCCAUGCGGAUGUCAAUUUUGACACCUACUUCCGUACCACAAGAGCAGCCACCACUAUCAGCAAGUCAGCCCUCAGUUCCAGCAACAAGAAAACAGUCCUACCAGCAGACUUCCAGUUUCCCCCAGAGACUCUCGCCCAGCUGCGCCUAAAACCCUCCAUGUCGUUAUGUCAAGAAGCACAGAAGAGACUGUCUGGAGAACUGGAAGAGGGCAUUGGCGACUAUGACUACAACAAUGCCAACGAUACGGCCAACUUUUGUCCGGGUCUUCAGGCUGGUGACAGUGAUGAAGAAGCGGAAGGCUUUCCAGACUCUGAUGAUACACAACCCUCAGGUGAAAGCUUUCCACCACCUUCACAAGACGGCGUCUCCACCUACGGUGAGGACGAUCUUGUACCUGAACCACACAAGGUCAACAAAAUAGAAAUCAACUACACAAAAACAGCCAAGAAAAUGGACAUGAAGAGACUCAAGAGUAGCAUGUGGACUCUUCUAACUGAAAGCCCAGAAAAACCCGCCAAGGAGGUGGAAGCUGUGGACAAGCCUGAAGUUUGUGGGGACAAAGUCUUCAGUCAGACCACAAAGACGCUGCUUCAGCGACUGCCCAACACGAUGGCUCAGAACCUGUCGGUGCCGUUGGCGUUUGUUGCACUGCUUCAUCUUGCAAAUGAAAAGAAUUUGGAGCUGGUGAAGGUUGAUGACAUGUCAGACAUCAUCAUCAGACAAGGCCGCUGAGGAUGGAAUGAAUGAAGAAAGGUUCAUUUUUAUAUGUAUAUAUUUUGUACCCCAUCUCCAUUUACGUGAUGUCUAAUGUCUCUGCAGCACGCCAUUGUUCAGUCAUUUCUUUAUUCUGUACUGUUGAUGUUGUGUCCUGUAUAAACAUGAACAACCGUGUAC